CCUAACUCUGGGUUAUAGAGAGCUACUCUGGCUCUGUUGCGCACAUCAGGAUGGGAAUUCAGGGCUUGACCAGCUUCAUCAAGGCCAACAGUCACAUCUACCGGGACGUCCAGUUCAGGGACAGCUGGCUGGUGGUGGAUGGCUGUAACCUGUCAUGCCACCUGUACUUUACCGCGGGUCUGGACCAGACGUACGGCGGGGACUAUGCUGCGUUUGCGGACCUGAUCGAGAGGUUCGUCAAAGCGCUGAGUGGCUGCGGGAUCCAGCCCUACGUGGUGCUGGACGGAGGCGAUGACCACACUGAUAAGAAGCUGGAGACCAAGAAAAAACGAGCCGAGGCACUGAUCCAAGCAGCCCAUGAAAAGUCACAGGGCAGGCCGACUCAGGAGAACAUCCUGCCCCCAAUGUGCAGCUCGCUGUUCAGACAGACCCUGGUCCGGCUGGAGGUCCCAGUGGUCCAGUCCUUCUUAGAGGCAGACCAGGAGGUCGCUGCUCUGGCAAGUGAGUGGCAGUGUCCGGUGCUUUCCGGUGACAGCGACUUCUACAUCUUUGACCUGCCGGCGGGGCUGCUGCCCAUCCCCCAUUUCCAGUGGAAGGUGGCGGAGCAGGAAGGCUACAUCCCCUGUAAGAAAUACACCGCCUCCAGCUUCUGCUCCUUCUACAACAUCCAGCACCGCGUCCUGCCCGCCUUCGCCGCGCUGGCUGGGAACGGCUAUGUGAAGCUGGAAGACAUGGGGGUGUCCCUCCAGCUUGAAACCCAUGAGAAAACCAGAUCAGGCUACCUGGAGGCGCUGCUCCGCUGGCUGAGGGGCUUCCAGGAGCCCCAGGAGGCCCUGAAGGCGGCGCUGAAGUUGAUGGGGGAGAUGAGCAGGCAGAAAGAGGCGGAGGUCCUGAAGAGCUUGUCUGUGGGCAUGGAGGAGUACCAGCUGCCUCCCAGCGCCCUGAGCCGGUUCUUUACUAAUGGGACAGUGCCUCCCCUCCCCCCAAAGGUCCAGGCUCUGGUCCCGGACUGGUUCCGCCUGCCUUUCACCGAGGGCCGGCUGAACAAAGCCAUCCCGAGCGUGCUGCGGCUGAGGAGGGCCCGCCUUCCUGCCAUGGUGGAACACAAAAGCCUGCCCAGCGCCCAUAUCGCUUCCCGGCCGAUCCGCCAGGUGAUGUACGGGCUGCUGCUGGGCGAGGAGGAGGUGGAGGAGAACGACCGGAAGGGCCUCCUGCUGGCCAGCUUCAUGGUCCAGUCGGUCUGCCGAGGAGCCGCUGGGCAGCUGAGCCUGGACUCCCUGGAUAAGGCGGAGCUCUCACAGCGUGUCCAGGUGUUGAUGGAGGCUCUGGAGGUGCAGCCGUCCUGUUUUCAGGGUGUGGAGCCUCACCUGCGCCUCCUGGUGGCUGUUACCUGCUACUGGAUGCAGAAUGCGAAACCCACUCCACACCAGCACCUGCUGCAGGCUCUGCUGCUGGGACUGGUGGAGAACACAGAUGCUACACCCAGUCUGGAUCAAGAUGUGGCUCACGCCUUCAACCAGUGGCAGUCCUGUGUGAUGUUCAGCAUUCAGCUCAACCAGCUGUUGUGUUUCCCUCUGCCUGAGCCUCAGGUCAUCAGGUUGUAUGAGGGAAAGCUGUUCCACCAGCUGGUCCACAGCCUGAGGAGGGGGAUGCAACCUGAGCGUCUCCUGACGUCCUCUAGCCUGGAGCUCUACCGAACCCUGCUGGCCACCGUGCAGCAGGCCCGGCAUCAGGGAACCUCAGCCUCCGCGGCCUCAGGGAGGAAAAGAGGAGAUGCUCCACAGCACAGGAGAACCACACACACUCUGGAGGAUCUGACCGCCAACAUGGAGCAGCUGCACCUCCCGGACGAAGACAAGGAGGCGGCGACGGCAGACCAGGGUGGAGACUGGGUGCUGGUGACUCGCCACAAAGCCAAAGAGCGAGGCCACCAGCCCAAAAACCCAGAGCUCGGUCGCAAAAAGGAGCGCCGAGGUUGGAACUGA